AACGAGCAUAUCUAAUGUUUUUCAAGAUGCUCUUUAGUCUCAUCUUGAUAAGCAUGACAAAUGCGUAGAAAAAAGAUAUUACCGUUAGUGAAAUAAUUCGGAAUUAAUUUGUAUUAUUCAAAAAAACGCAGAAAACGACAUUGUUUUUCGGCAUGGGACUUAUCGGAAAUGGUUUUCGUAGUAUAACCGGAGGAGCUCUUCUACUAGCUAGCUACUCUAAAUACAGCACCAUUAUGGCAUCCCCAUUAGAAGGGAGUGGCAAUGUCAACUAUAAACAAGCCCAAUCGAUCUAUGAUUUUACUGCUGUUGACAUAGAUGGAAACACAGUAUCCCUCGACAGAUACAAGGGGCAUGUUUGCAUAAUUGUCAAUGUUGCGUCAAAAUGAGGCAAGACAAAAGUCAACUACACUCAGUUAGUUGCGCUGCAUGAAAAGUAUGGUGAUUCCAAAGGUCUGAAGAUUCUUGGUUUCCCUUGUAAUCAGUUUGGAUCCCAAGAACCAGGAACCAAUUCUGAGAUCAAGACUUUUGCAGCCAACUACAAUGUGAAGUUUGACAUGUUUGCCAAGAUAGAUGUCAAUGGUGAUGGUGCACAUCCUCUAUGGAAAUAUUUAAAGAAAAAACAAGGAGGAACCCUCACAGACGGCAUUAAAUGGAAUUUCACCAAGUUUAUUGUAGACAAGAAUGGUCAACCAGUUGCUCGUCAUGCCACGACUACGGAUCCUUUUGACAUGGAAAAGGAUUUACUGAAAUACCUGAACCAGUAGUGAGUGGCUAAGUUGUAAGAAAAAUUUUAGCUUGUAUGCCUUUUUUGCUCUAGAAGCGCCAUUCAUUUCCAAUCGAGUUCUAUUUGUGAUCAGAGGGAAUAAAAAUGACAGACUCUCUAAAAAGCCUUAUUGGCAUGGAGAAGUCAGGAUGCUACUAUUUCACUAAUGAUUAACAAUGAAUUUGUAAGAAAUUGUAUUGUCGCCUUAUUUCGAAAGAAAAUGAAACAGUGUCGAAUUAUAAA